AUGACAAUAAUAUUUUUGAGCUGCAUAAUUGCAUCGGCAAUCAUUGUCUUCGUUGCUGUUGCUUCAGAAAAUGAAGAAGAUGAUUUAUCAAAAAAAGAAGUUGAACUCGAUGAAGAAUUUGUUGAAAAAAUAACAAAUGCAAUGAUGAUUGAAAUAAAAAAUCCUACACCAUCGCUUUCUGACGCCAUUAAUAAUUAUCUGUCAGACCGCGAAAGUUAUGUGCAAGCAACAAUAGCGACUUGUACACUAAACGUAAGGUUCUUGAAAGAGACAUUAGAUUUGAAUUUUGAAGCCUUGCAAUAUUAUGCGCGAAACACGUCAGAAGAUGACUAUAAAAACUUUGUGACUGACCACAUUAAGAAAAUCUAUGAAGUAAUAAUGCCGGAUGUAAGCUUCACUGUUUAUUCAAUGCUGAAUACCAGUUUAUUCACGGGGAGUUUAUUGAAGCUGUUGGCAAUGUAUGAGUACGUGGUGCAAGACGAAACAGAAGAUGAGACCGAAGUUAAAAAAACAAUUUGCCAUUCGCUGAUCGUUUUUAUAGUGCCGAAAUUGAAUACUUCUUUUGGGAAACGUUAUAAGCAAGGAUCGGCUGUAAUUUAUAUUAAUAUUCCGCGAUUGUUGACCAAUUAUCGGUAUGACAGGCCGAAAUUCCGCGAAGACAUGAAAAAUCGCAAAGAGCUUCGGGUUUUGAAGAAAGAAUUUGAAUUAGUGCAUGAAUCUAGUGGAGAAUAUAAUAAUUUGAUCCAAAUAAUUGAUUUUGAAUUUUAUGAUAAUGUUUAUAAGGUAUUGUUUGAAGAUGAUGAUUAUGAUUAUGAUGACAUUGAUGAUGAGGAUGCAGAAGAUGAAAAUUAA